UAUAUAUACAUUAUUAUACAAUAUCGUUAUAGUAUUUUUUGCCCCACCCUUGUUUUUCGUAUCGCAAUGCUGCACACCUUGAUUUCAUGUAUUACGUACCUUUUCACCUCACGGAUAUGAGAUAGGUCAAAUCACGAUAGUGAAAAUGAGUUCACAAGAUACAGCUGAUCAUGUAUCAGUAGUUAAUUCACCUAAUAUAUCAUCAAGAACAAAAAAUUGGGUCCAAUUUGAAGAUGAAGCACCUAUUAAAAAUAAUGAUAGUAUAGAAGAAAAAACUAAAACAAAUACACCAGCUGUAAUAAAACCAGAAUCAAUAACAGUGAAUGUUGAAAAAAUUGGAAAAUCUGUUGAUAAUUUAGAUAAUCAACAAAUAAAAAAUCAUGAAUAUAGAGGUGCUGUGAUAUCAACUGAAUCCGUCCAAAUUAAUUUAGAUAGGUCAGGUUUAAGUCGUUCUAUUACAUCUGAAAGUCCAGAACUUAAUUUACCAUCUGAAAUAAGAGUUUCUGAUCCUAAAAGUGCUUCUUUGAAGACUAUUGAUCUUCGAGAUAUAUCCAAUGGCAGAAGUGUUACUAAUAAUAUUAUAAGUACAUCUAUUGGAAAUAUUAGACAAGGUUUUGCCAAUGGGGAUACUAUAGUUACUCUUUUACCAAUCAAUACCAGAUGGCCAUGGAUUACUCCAGCUAAAUUUCGUCCAGAAUUAGUACCAGAAGAAUUAAUGGCUCAAGGUUUAACGCUUACAGUAGAAGAUUACGUACAUAUAAUGGAGUUACUUGUGAAUGAUGUACGUUUCAAUAUGUAUAAUGUAUGUUACAAAAGGAUUCUUGUUCUUUGGAUAUUUACUGCAUUUAUUGUAUUGCUUGGCUUAUUAUUUUCUGGAGUAACUGGUCUUACUUUAUUUGGGCUUGGCGUUAUGUGGUUAGUCCUCAAUGCUGCUGCAAUAUUUUUUUGCAUGUUCAUCAAGAUAAAAUUGAAUCAUAAUCUUGAAAAAUGUAUGGGGCAAGUGAACAAACAUUUACUUCGACAUAAAAUAUUGCUUGGAUUGGAUGAUAGAGGAAAGAUUUCAUGUCACAAAGUCAAUCUUUGCUUCAUAUACUUUGAUACUACAGAUUGCAUUAAAAAAUUACAAGAAGUUAUAGAACGAGAAGAACGUGAAGGAAGAAUAAUAGGAGAAGAUGGAAAUUCUGAAAUGCGUCGAAAAAAGGAGUUGCAACAGCGAAUGGAUAUAGAUGAUAGUGAUAUUGUAAUACAAGGCAAUACAACUACUAGAAUUUCUCGCAAACAGGGUAAAAGCGAACAAGUAUUCUGCCGGUAUGUACAACGUUGGGCAAAGGAUUAUUUACGUCGACGAUUGGAUUGGACAGUAGAUGAGGAAGGUGGAAAUCCUUCUUCACCUCGUCAUUUAGCAUCAGCUUUAUGUCCAUGUCAAUAUAUAGAAGAAUGGUUACGUAAUAAACCUCAUGUUCAAGGCAGAGAUUUCUGUCCUAGCUGGAGUAGUUUUCUUAAAGAUAGAGGCAUUUAAAACAAUAUUUAAUAUAUAUAUAAUAAACAAAAACAUAUAACAAAAUUAAAAUCAGUAUUGUUUAAAGCAAUAUUGAUACAUUUAAAAAAAAAACUUUUUAACUUAUACAAGUUAUUUUAAUAACAAUAAAAAUUUAUUUAGAAAUUUAUUUUUUUGAAAAAUUAAAUGAAAGAUACAUUAAAUCAAAGAAUUUAAAUAGAUUUAUUUGUUAAUAAUAUGAGUGAUAUUAUCAAAAAUAGGUGAAUAAUCAAAAUUUGUUUUAUUAAAAAUUAAUAAAACAAAAUUAAAUUAUAUGAAAUAUGAAGUACUUAUAAUGUACUUAAUUAUAUAAGAUUUUUAUUUGUAAUAAUUGCAAUUAAAUUUCUAUAUAAUAUUAAUAUAUAAAAUAUUUUUUAGAAUUAUUUUUUGGUGAUAUGGAUUAUUAUACUUGAUUACAAUUAAUACUAUUUUUUAUUAUAUUAUUUGUUAAUUAAUAUGUUAUUAAAUAUUUAGAAUUAAUUCAAAUUAAUAUUUUAAAUAUUUUAAAUAUUUUUAAAUAUUUUUAAAUAUUUUAUUUUUAAAUAUUUUUAAAUAUUUUAAUUUUAAUUUCAAAUUAAUAUUUGUAUAAAUCUUGUAUAAUUACACAUAUGUGUAUGUAUUACAAGUUUUAUUUUUAAUAUUGCAUAUAAUUGUACAUAAUAUUUGGAUAUCAUAUAAUUCAGAAUAAUUAAUUUGAUGUAAAAAAAUAUAGUUUAUAUAUAGAAAAUAUUUUUGUAAAAUGGUGAAUAAUAUGAAUGGUGAAUAAUGAUGAAUAACAAAUUUUGGUUAAACAAAAAAUGAUAAAAAUUUGUUAAAAAAAAAAUUUGUAAUCUGUUAUAUCUUUAUGUUUAAUUACAUACUUUAUAUAUAACAGAUUUUUCAAGAUUCAUAAAUAAGUUAUAUACAUUAUUAUUAAUGUAUAAAAAACAGAUUUAGGCUACUUCAGCUCUAGGUUUCUGAAUGAUGAUGGUAUGUGUUGACAGGAACGGGCGGAGUUGCUGUUGCUGAGGUAUGCAUCUCGAUGGGCACAUCACUUUGUGCGCCGCAGACUUGAUCUGGUUAUAGACUCACAGGAACGUAAUAGAGACAUCGCGGGUUUAUCUGUUCCACCACGUCAUUGUGUCUCCGCCCGUUGUCCUUGUCAAUUCAUUGAGGACCAUCUUAAGUACAAGCCUAGAGGCAAGUUAAUAUUUCGUACCUUUUUUUUGAUGCCGAAUUUUGAUAGUAAAUAACUAAAAUUAAUUACUUAUGAUUAUGAUAUAAUCAUAAUUCAAAAUAAUUAAAGCAAUCAAUUAUAUGUUCCUAGAAUCUAUAUUUGUUAUACAUAUAAAAAAUUUAUGUCACAAAUCAUGUAAAAAAAUAGCAAAUUGACAUUAAUUAUUAAUAUAAAUAGUUGAAUUACAAACAACUAUUACAAACAAUACUUUAAAAAUAUGCAAAAAAAUUUGAUAUUUUUUAUUGCAAUAUAAAAUUACUAAAAAUUUUAUUCAAAUAUUGCAUUAUAUAAUUGUUUGAUAAUAAUAGUAUUUUAAUGUAAUCUAUAUUUUAUAUAUUAUAUAUCAAAAUUUACAUAUAAUAUCAAAUUUACAUUUAAUAUUAAAUAUUUUGUAAUUUUCAUUUAUUCUUUUCAUUUAUUCUUUUUUAUUUUUGAAUAAUAUAAAUAAUAUUCGCCAUUUUAUAGUAUGUUAUGUUAAACAUAAAAAAAUAAUUAAUAGAGAUAAAUACUUGAAAAAAAGAAAAGUAUAAUCAUUCCAUUAUAUUAUUAUUAUUCUUCAUAAAUCGAGUUUUAUUUUAAAAUUCAUAAAACAUUUAAUAUAUGCUUUUAUAACAAUUACACAAUGAAUUUUAUAAAAAUAAUAUAUAUACGUAUAUAUAUUAUGUACGUAAAACUAUAUAAUUUUUCAAUAGUAAUAUUGAGAAAUUAUGUACAUACAAAUUAUGUUAUAUAGUUAAGAAAAAUUUUAUUAUUAUAGAUGAAUUUUAUAUUUUUGGUUUUAAAAAAAAUAAUUCCAGUAUUCAUUUAAGUUAAGACAAUUUAUUUAAUUGUUAAAAUGAUAUUAAAGCAGUUUAAAGCAAUUUGAAAUAAUUGCAAAUACUUGAUCGUUAUUAAUGUUAUAAAAAACAUACAACAAUUAAUCUAAAUAUAUAUCUGAAUUCCGUCCUAAUUGAACAUAUCAACAUAUUAUGUAAAAAAUAUAAUUAAUAUAUUGUAUACUUUUAUAUUCCGUUUGAAAAUACUUAAUGUGUAAAAUGAACAGAAUUAUUCUACUUUUAUAUAAAACAAAUGUAAAGCACUUUUAUAUUAUUGUUACAAAUGUUAUAAAUAAAAAUCAACACAUAAUAUAUGUUUUUUGGUGGAGGUA